GCAGUCGACGAUUGUUUUUCUGGACGAACGGGCUCGGCGUGCUUCCAUUUUUACUAUACUUUCGAUACGUCAAUAAUACGUGUUUAACAAUUCGAACCGAGUGUUAUUUUUUAUUUGGUGAAGACGCGGGGGUUUACCCCAAAUCCAGCAUCACGAUUUUCGGGGACACACAUAAGAUUGCGGGUAGCGGUGGCAGAGGUAUGUUCUGCUAUCAUUGCCCGCCAACUUUACAUCCCGGAGCGCCCCAACCAAGGCUACCAACUUUGGAAUACCCAUUCACACCAACACAUCCAUACACUAGCUAUUCUUACCAUCCGGCAAUUCAUGACGAUACUUUCGUCAGAAGGAAACAAAGAAGAAAUCGGACCACUUUUACGUUGCAACAAUUAGAAGAAUUGGAAACGGCUUUCGCACAAACUCAUUAUCCAGAUGUUUUUACAAGGGAAGAUUUAGCUAUGAAAAUUAAUUUAACCGAGGCUAGAGUCCAGGUGUGGUUCCAAAACAGGAGGGCGAAAUGGAGAAAAGCGGAACGACUUAAGGAAGAACAAAGAAAAAGGGAAGGACAAGACGCGAUAAAACGAGACGACGAAACCAAAGAAGAAAAGGUCGAAGACGGUUUACCGAGUAGUUCUCCGGAAACUAACGCGGACGAAGAAGUGGCAAGAGAACGCGAAUGUUCCAGUCCAAGUAGUAUCGGCAGAGAAACUCCGGAACAAACUAGGAGCGUCAUCGAAGCAGAUCCUUCUAAUCCUUCGUCGCCUCAUAGUCCGGCUCCUUCGGGAUCUUCGGAACCACCGAAGACGAUUCAUCCGCCGCCGUUUUCCCAUAUGUUUCCGUUUGGAGAUAAUCAUUCCGGUGGAUUCAGACCAGUUUUAGACGGUUCGGGCGCACGGAAUACGCCGCCGUUAUUUUUUUCGCCGCAUCUGGCGUCGCAUCUUUCUUCGCAGUUUUCCCCACCUCUAUUCCCAACACUUAAAGGUUUUCCGGGAUUGUGUUCUUGCUGCCCGAUCAAACCGAUGUCUGGUUUGUCAUCAAAUCUUCUGGCGACUAGCGAAGCUUCGGAUCUUUCGCCGAGCGGCGGCGGAGAUCAACGUUCGUCUAGCGUCGCCGAAUUGAGAAGGAAAGCUCAAGAACAUUCGGCGGCGUUAUUACAAAGUCUACAACACGUAGCCAAUUUUCAACAAGUCGCCGGUUUCGCCGGAGCCGGAUUGAAUUUUCCAAUUCUACCGCCGUUAACUUUGCAAGCGUUACAGAGGAAACACGAAUCCGCCGAGGCGAAUAACGCCGAGCAACGUAGCUCCAAUAAAGAACAUUCGGUAUAAAAUUAGUCGGUUGAUAUUGUUGGUUAAAGAAAAGUUGGUGAAAAGGUGAAAGUUUUGAUAUAAAUUAACAUAUUAUCUCAUUUGGUUCGUGGUCUUCCUUUUUUCCUUUUUCCUCACAUUCUACUUGAAAUUUUCUAAAUUUUUACAGUGUUAUUCAUCGUUUCUAAGUGGCCUAACCAUCCUUGGUACCUUCCAACUUCUAAAUCUUCUCUUAUAUACCAGUUUUAGAGUCUAUGGUUUCUAGUUGCUGCUUUCAAUCUUCAUUCCUACUGCUCCAAUUUGAGUCUCGUUUCUUUUUGUUAAUACUCGAGAUUCACGGCCAUAUUUGACAAGAUAUUCGAGGAUCAAGCGGUUUCUUGGACCAAGCGAUGUCUUUUUACCUUGUUCCAAAGUUUUUCCUUGACCUUCCCUUCUAAUUAGAGAUGGUUCCUAGCUUCUUAUGCCAUUUGGUUCGUGGUCUUCCUUUUUUCCUUUUUCCUCACAUUCUACUUGAAAUUUUCUAAAUUUUUACAGUGUUAUUCAUCGUUUCUAAGUGGCCUAACCAUCCUUGGUACCUUCCAACUUCUAAAUCUUCUAUUAUAUACCAGUUUUAGAGUCUAUGGUUUCUAGUUGCUGCUUUCAAUCUUCAUUCCUACUGCUCCAAUUUGAGUCUCGUUUCUUUUUGUUAAUACUCGAGAUUCACGGCCAUAUUUGACAAGAUAUUCGAGGAUCAAGCGGUUUCUUGGACCAAGCGAUGUCUUUUUACCUUGUUCCAAAGUUUUUCCUUGACCUUCCCUUCUAAUUCGAGAUGGUUCCUAGCUUCUUAUGCCAUAUGGUUCGUGGUCUUCCUUUUUUCCUUUUUCCUCACAUUCUACUUGAAAUUUUCUAAAUUUUUACAGUGUUAUCCAUCAUUUCUAGGUGGCCUCACCAUCCUUGGUACCUUCCUAUGAAUGGGUUCGACUUUUGCAGUCUCCUUUUUUGUAUACUGGUAUUUUCAAACCCAUUUUCUUCAGUUUUUUUUCAAUUCUGCGGUUAUUCCUCUUUGGCUCCAACCUCUCAACUUCCUUUUUCCUCUUCUUUACUUUUCCAAUCUUCUUCUUCUCUUUGCUUUUCCGUAACAUCGCGUCUUUAAUUUUCUCCAUCCAAAAAAAUUUGGAAUAACUUCGAGAUGGAGCCCCCCUUCGAAAUAUCCACCCAUUUAUUUAUUCCCUAUCCUUUUAAAAUGAAUUUAUUACAAUUUUUUCAGUUCUAAACUUUCUAAAAAUUACUAAAGCCGACCCUGUUCUGUACUUGCAUAUUUUAUAUUUCGAAAAAAAUUUUCACCUUUUUUACAGCAAUCUUUUAACAUAGUAAACAGAUAAAUUAAUAAAUAUAUACUUGUCGUUGAUUUUUUGGUUUUUCACGAAUGAUUCGUUUCAUUAACUAAUCGAAAAUUCAUUUAUACAGGGUCUUCCUUCAAAAAUAAACCAUCGAUCAAACCAGAUUUUACGUAUUCAAAUUUCGAAAUCAAAUUUUAAUUCAGAGAAUCUGUGCUUUUUUUAUGUCAUAUUUUUAUAGGAAACUCUCUAUGAAAAAUAAAAUCCGUAGUAGUUUUUAUGAGAAACUAGUGUAACAAACAAAAAGUGAAAUUAAUCAGCUAAUUUAUUGGGGCUCGUAAAAGCGGUGGAUUUAAACUGAAAAGAUAUUUUUUGGUGAGAGAUCUUCAAUAAAAUCCAUAAAAUAGGAAAAAUCUACCUAGAAAAUAUACCUAGGGCGGUCCAAAGGUUCUUAACUUUAACAUAAAAAGGAAAAUCUAAAUAAAUUUAAAAAAAAACUUAGUAUUCAAUGCAAGGUGUUUCGGGACUUGAUGCGAAAAAUUUGGAAAUGUAAAAAUGUAAAAAUAAUUCCGAUAAAAUACUCUACACUACUAUCUGUGUGCCAGGGACGGCUCAUACCCAACGGUUAAUAACUUUUAAAGGGACAAUCUGAAGCUAGCAAAAAUGAAUUAGUAUCGAUACACCCUGUAUAUGUUUCCUUUAUUUCCGCGCGUUUUUCAGAAUGUCUGCCUAAAGUUUUCAUCAUUAAUCGGAAAGUUUGUGACCAAUUUUAAAAAGGUUUUUUAAAAUUACAAUUUCGACAAUUGGCGAAUCCGGUCCUGGGAAACUUUUAGCGAAUUAUUUCGCUACUAAGCACAAAAAAAAAUUCCAAGCGAUAUAUUUUAGUUAAUUGCGGCUUGGGGGUCCGAUUUUUUUCCAAUUUUAAUUUUAAUUCGCUAAAAUUUGAUAAUUGAUUAAAAAUAUUAUUUCUGCAUUAAUUAUUAAAUUGAAUAUUAAAGCAUUUUAGACUCGAAAAAAAUUUGCCCAAGUUGCACAAACUAUAUUUUAUAAUUUUUUUUUCAAAAUUCAGCCUCUAACUCGCUAAAAGAUUCCCAGGACCGGAUUCGCCAAUCAAACCUUCUCAAAAUUCGUCAUCGAGUCUUGCAACAAAAAUCUGAUUCAUUUUUUGAAUCACUGCUUGCUUAAUAUCAUCGUCGCCGUUAAAACAGUCAAACGGAAACAAAUCAGGUUUAUACGAAUCCCCCAGAAACCACAUUCGUAUACAGUAGCUUCGGUAAAAACGGAACGGUGUGUACCGGAGCUGAUUUUGAUACUAAAAGUUGUAGCUGAUUAAUUUCAGUUGUACUUUGUUAUACUUAUUUUGUUUCCUCGUAUUAUAUCACAACUAAAUUAUGCUACGAAGUAAACUUAGCACCAAAAAUGCGAGCAGAAAGUAAUUUAUUUAAAAAAAAAAGAAAUGUUAAGGUACGUUCACACGUUUGGUUGCUCGCGAGCGCGUUCGAAGGCGAUAAGCUCGUGGAAAUUAGCCGAGUAUGUGAACGUAGCAUUAAAUAUAGUCGCUUAAGUUACCAUAAAGUGGUUAAAAUGAAUUGUUGUACAUAAAUUUUUAGUGUUCACUUUGACCUCUGUAGUAGUUACCGAUUUUGUGAUGUGAUUUAUUAUUAUAAUUAUUACUGUUCGUGUAUUAUAUUGAGGCAAAUAUAUGUAAAAAAAUAGAAUAAGAAGUGAA